ACGCCGACAACAUACUGCGGUACAGCCAGUUUGAAAUGUCCUCAAGGCUGCUGAUGGUGUGGGACUCAAGCACUGGGGAGAGACCAUAAAUCUGAGUCCUCUCCUUGGCGAUGAUAAUGAAUGAUGCGGUCACUAAGAGCAGGAGGAUGGAGAGAAGAGCUGUUGUCUUGUCCAGCGCCCUCUUCAGAAACCCUAAUGAUGAAAAAUACAGAUCUAUCCGGAUUGGAAAUGCAGCCUUUUCUACUAGACUCUUGCCUGUCAGAGGAGCAGUUGAAUGCUUGUUUGAAAUGGGCUUUGAAGAAGGAGAGACACAUCUUGUGUUUCCCAAGAAAGCAUCAGUCAAGCAGCUUCAAAAAAUCCGUGACCUAAUUGCCAUAGAGAGAAGUAGCAGAUUGAAUGACUCAGAUAAGACCCCCACACCUCAAAGCCCCACGAGUGAUGCUCAGCCCGUGACCUCCCAGCUUUCCAGUCCUGCCGAGUUAACACAGCACCCGGCCAACAGUCAGCCGCAGUCAACAGCUACAUGCUCUGCUCAGAUGGAGGAACCUGAUUCAACCAUUCUAAAAAUGCUUCAGACCAAGUUUGAGGAUGUACUUAUCUAUGAAAACCUUUCUCUUCAGAAGAAAGCUUUGACUUGUAUUCCAGUCCAAGAAUUGCAAAGAAGAGCUCAAGAAAAAUUUGAAAGAGCUAAAAAAUUGGAUCAAGAUGCUAAUGUCAAUGAAGAGGAUUUUCUUCUGCUGGAGCUGUUGCAGUGGUUUAAAGAGGAGUUUUUUCAGUGGGUGAAUCACCUUCCGUGUGCUCAGUGUGGCGGCGAGACGAUAAGUAGAGGAGAACUGUCUCCUGAUGAUGACGAGCGGCGGUGGAGAGCCAGCAGAGUCGAAGAGCACUUCUGUAGCUCCUGCCACGUCAGUCAUCGAUUCCCCAGGUAUAAUGAUCCUGAGAAACUCUUGGAAACCAGAUGUGGGCGAUGUGGAGAAUGGGCAAACUGCUUCACUCUGUGCUGCAGAGCCAUGGGGUUUGAGGCACGCUACAUCUGGGAUGCUACUGACCAUGUUUGGACAGAAGUAUAUUCUCAAUCUCAGCAGCGAUGGCUGCACUGUGAUGCUUGUGAAAAUGUCUAUGAUAAACCCCUCCUUUAUGAAGUAGGAUGGGGGAAGAAGCUGUCCUACAUCCUAGCAUUCUCCAAGGAUGAGAUUGUUGAUGUCACUUGGAGAUAUUCCUGUAAACAUGAAGAAGUGGUCUCUAGGAGAACUCAGAUUAAAGAAGAAUUACUUAGAGAAACAAUUAAUGGCCUUAAUAAGCAGAGGCAGCUCUCUUUAUCGGAGAGCCGAAGAAGGGAGCUCCUGCACAGGAUAAUCGUGGAGCUGGUGGAGUUCAUCUCUCCCAAAACUCCUAAGCCGGGAGAGCUGAGUGGCCGCAUCUCGGGGUCUGUAGCUUGGAGAGUAGCCAGAGGCGAAAUGGGUUCAGAGAGAAAAGAAACUGUGUUCAUACCGUCUGAAGAUGAGAAAAUGGCUAAACUUUUCCACCUCACUUAUAAUCCAGUGGAUGAUUGUUAUGUCCGAGUUUCAAGUAGUAAUGAAAAAAUUUCCGGAUGGGAAAAUGGUGUUUGGAAAAUGGAAUCUGUAUUCAGAAAAGUUGAAGCGGACUGGAAAAUGGUUUACUUAGCUCGAAAAGAAGGAUCAUCAUCUGCCUAUGUUUCUUGGAAGUUUGAGUGUGGGUCAGCUGGGCUUAAAGUCAAUACCAUUUCCAUUAGAACAAGCAGUCAGACGUUUACAAGUGGAAAGAUCCAGUGGAAUGUCCGUUCUGAUUCUGCACAAGUACAACUGCCGGGAGAUAACAGCCUUCAUUCCUAUCGUGAUUUUUCUGAUGCCACAGAAGUUAUUUUGGAAGCAAAACUAAGUGGAGGGGAUGGUGAUGUUGCCUGGCAACAUACCCAGCUGUUUAGACAAAGCUUAAAUGACCAUGGAGAAAAUUGUUUGGAGAUAAUUAUAAAAUUCAGUGACCUUUAAGAACUUGAACAUUACAGAAAUGCUGGCAAUCAUCAAGGACUUAUCGUGGUCUAAAGUCUUCUGUUGAUUCAAUGAAUGUUGGCAAUUUACUGCUCUUCUCCCUGCUAACAGCAUUCUUUUUUUGCUGGCCAUUAAUCAUAUCACUCGUGUCAAAAUAAUAAAUCUUUAUACCAUGGA